CCAGGUGAGUACAUCAAGACGUGGCGUCCCCGUUAUUUUCUCCUCAAGAGCGACGGAUCCUUCAUCGGYUACAAAGAGCGGCCGGAGGGGCCGGAGCCGGCGCUGCCCCCGCUCAACAACUUCUCCGUGGCCGAGUGCCAGCUGAUGAAGUCGGAGCGGCCGCGUCCCAACACUUUCAUCAUUCGCUGUCUGCAGUGGACGACGGUGAUCGAGAGGACUUUCCAUGUGGACAGCCCCGAGGAGCGCGAGGAGUGGAUCCAGGCCAUCCAGGCCGUUGCCCACAGUCUCAAGGUUCGGGAGCCGCUGUCGGAGGCGAUGGAGCUGCAGAGCGGAGCCCUGGGGAGUGAGGAGACGGACGCGGCCGUGGGCAAAUCCCGAACCAAAGCUGUGAGAAAAACCCAAAAAUCCCAAAAAAUCCCUAAUCCUAAUCCUAAAACUAACCCUAACCCUGGGGAUGAGGAGACGGACGUGGCCGUGGGCAAAUCCCGAACCAAGGCUACCAUGAACGACUUCGAUUACCUGAAGCUGCUGGGAAAGGGAACCUUCGGGAAGGUGAUCCUGGUGCGGGAAAAGGCGUCGGGACGGUACUACGCCAUGAAAAUCCUGCGCAAGGACGUCAUCAUCGCCAAGGGAUUUUGGGGUCAUUCCCACAUUUCCCCGCUCCAGCUGGAGAAUCUGAUGCUGGACAAGGACGGGCACAUCAAAAUCACGGAUUUUGGGCUCUGCAAGGAGGGGGUGACAGAUGGAACCACCAUGAGAACUUUCUGUGGGACCCCCGAGUACCUGGCACCCGAGGUCCUGGAAGAUAACGAUUACGGCCGCGCCGUGGACUGGUGGGGGUUGGGCGUGGUGAUGUACGAGAUGCUCUGCGGGCGCCUCCCGUUCUACAACCAGGACCACGAGCGGCUCUUCGAGCUCAUCCUGCUCGAGGACCUGCGCUUCCCCCGCUCCCUCAGCCCCGAGGCCCGCGGGCUACUGAGUGGGCUACUGAAAAAAGAUCCCAAAGAGAGGUGAGAACUGACCUGAGACACCUGGGGACACACCU